CGCCAGACGCUACUACACUCGGUGUCCCGCCGCAGGCUCUAGACUCUGCCUGCUCUCGGGAGGGGACAAUGCCGCGUUCCUUCCUGGUGAAAACGCACUCCAGUCACAGGGUCCCCAACUACGGGAAACUGGAGACACUGAGAGAAGCUAAUGGUUCCUGCUCUGCCUGUGAGGAGCUGGUGGGAUCCCGCCACCUGUCAGAUAAGGAGGCCUCUUCCGAUCCCAGUGACCCUCCGCAGCCUUGGGACAGUACCUCGGCCAUUGCCUGCGUCUCCCUGCCUCUUCUGCCCCAUCAUGGAGAAACUCUGGGAACCUCUGGACCAGAACCCCAGGAAACCGGCUUGGUGGGCCCUCGGACUGGCCAGGCCCCCAGUGUGACUGUCAAAGACAGCUUCAAUCUGUCCCCGCUGUUGGUGCUGCCCACACGAUGGCCCCCAAUCCUGGGCCCAGACGGAGCUCUAGAUGAACACCUCAGGGCUGAGGGAACCUCUCGGGUCCCAGGUAGUUUUGAAUGCAUCCACUGCCAUCGGCCAUAUCAGACUCUGGCUGGCCUGGCCAGGCACCAGCAGCUGCACUGCCACCUGCCGACUGGGUGUGCCUUCACCUGCAGGUACUGUGACAAGGAGUAUGCCAGCCUGGGUGCCCUCAAGAUGCAUAUCCGCACCCACACGUUGCCCUGCAUCUGUAAGGUGUGUGGCAAGGCCUUCUCCAGGCCCUGGCUGCUCCAGGGCCACAUCCGCACCCAUACAGGUGAGAAGCCUUAUACCUGUUCUCACUGCAGCAGGGCCUUUGCUGACCGCUCCAACCUGAGGGCUCAUCUGCAGACUCACGCUGGUACCAAGAAGUACAGGUGCGCCUUGUGCCCCAAGGCCUUCUCCCGAAUGUCUCUCUUGGUGAGGCACGAGGAUGCCGGCUGCUGUCCUGGCCCCUAAGGGGACACAGCAGGGUGGAUGGGCCAAGCCUGACAAUACUCUCAGUGGUGCUGUCACCCAGGACAGGGCCCAGGUCACUGUUGCUUGUGUCCUGCCAGAGCAAAGCCGAGUGGGGCCUUCGGGCAGCUUUCCCUGAGGCCUGUGUUCAGAAGAGACUUAUCACCACAAGUCUCACCAAAAUAAGAACCAACUGUUCCCGUUUUCAGUUCUGCCUGUCUGCUGGACCUGUUUCAAAAAGGAGCAUCUAUUGGGAAAUUAGCUAACACUGGGCAGAAACCACCAUGACGCCAAUGAACCUGGCCACCUGGGUGCCUUUGUGCGCAACUUGAAAUGAUGGUUUUUACUUGAGAGCACAGUGUGUGUAUAACCUUGGAAAACACAGCUACCUCUCAGCCAGUCUCAGUGCCUUUGCCUUGGGGUUGAAGACACAUUUCCUCCUGCCCUUUCUGUACACAUAUGUGUGUAUAUACACAAGCACACAUACACCCUGGCUCCUCCCCGUAAGAUGAGGCAGGGCCAGGGGGGGAUUAGGUUGAAGCCAGGUACCACCUCACCUGUCCUCAGCACUUGUUGUCCGGCUUGGAGCUGGCCUCGAUGGCUGGUUAACGUCUCAGGAGAGCAGCUGUGGGUAAUAAAGAACAUCCGCACUCGGGCCUCCU